AUGAAUAGUUACGCUGUGUUUUUAUGCGGAGAUUUUAAUAGUCGAUGUGGUGAUGAACCUGAUUUUAUUGAGGGUAUAGAUGAAAUACCAAUGAGAAAUGUAGUAGAUUUUACUUCUAAUGAGUAUAGUGAUAUUUUUAUAGAUUUUUUAAUUAGCUCAAAUUUUUGUAUAUUAAACGGAAGAAAUCAUAUUGGAAAUGAUUUUACGUGUAUAAGACCUCAGGGCGCCUCUGUUGUUGACUAUUGCUUGGUCAGUCAUACUGAUUUGCAUUUAUUUACAGACUUUAAUGUAUUACGGGUAUCUGAUCUGUUGCAACAGGCCAAUGUUCAACAGCCAACUAGUGUCCCUGAUCAUUCUAUCUUAAUUUGGAAUAUUUCUCAUAACUUUAGCAAUGAACUAGAAGUUCAGUCGUCUGUUAAACCAGUUGAACAAGUAAAGUUUUUUACAGACAAAAUACCGGGUGACUUCAUGCAUGAUGAUAAUGUUGUAAGUGAUUUAAUUCAGUCUGUAAAUGAACUUGAACAAAGUUUUCGUUCACAACAAUGUAUUGACAAGGCAUAUAAGAAACUUUGUAUUGGUAUUAAGACUGAUAUGAUACAAAAAAUACGCCAUAAGACAGUUGUGUAUGAUAGUUCAGUAUCAAAUAAGAAAAGAAGGGUUGGAAAACAAUGGUGGUCUGACGAGUUGACUGAAUUAUGGAAUAAAGUAUGUGCAUCAGAGAAAAAAUGGUUAGGUUGCAAUAUUCCUAAUACCAAAAAACGUUUGAAGGUUGAAUAUACUGUCUGUAGAAAGAUUUUUAGUAGAGCUGUACAAAAAGCUAAGAGAAGUUAUUGGUUUAGAUUACAAGAAGAUAUGUUAUGCAAUGUAGAAAAUGAUCAGGGUAAGUUUUGGAAGUCUAUUGGGAAAGUUGGAGUUGCUUAUGAUAAAGAAAAAAAUAUUCCACUUGAAAUUGUAAAUGAAGAUGGGUCAUAUGAUCGCAACCCUGAUCAUGUUUUGCAGCACUGGAAAAAAUGUUUUGAAUCCUUGCAUGCUGUUUUACCACCUACAAAUAAUAGUGUUGAAAAUUUUGAUAUAAAUAGUAUAAAUUAUGGGUCCGAUGAUACGGACAGGUCAGACUUAAACAGUAAUAUAUCGAUUCUUGAGGUUGAUAGGGCAGUCUCCAAGGCUGGAAAAAACAAAGCCUGUGGUAUAGAUGGUAUUCCGUAUGAAAUGUAUAAAAAUAGGGUGGCUAUUACAGUUCUACAUAGACUUUUCAAUGUGUGUUUUGAAACUGGUAAAAUUCCUACCGACUGGGGGAAAGGUAUGAUAAACCCUAUACCAAAAUCAGGUUCUACAGAUCCUAGAGAUCCUAUGGCAUAUAGGGGAAUAACUCUAGCCCCAGCAAUGUAUAAGUUAUACUGUUCGGUGUUAAAUGAUAGACUGUGUAAAUGGUUAGAAAACAACGAUUUAUUAUGUGAUGAACAGAACGGCUUCAGAAAAGAGAGGGGAACAAUAGAUCAAGUGUCAACUUUAACAUCUAUUAUUGAGUCUCGGCUUAAAAGUAAAUCUGCCACGUUUGUAGCUUAUAUAGAUUUUAAAAAAGCAUACGACACAAUUGACCGCUCUCUUUUAUGGAGACGUUUGGUUCAUAUGGGAGUCAGUAAUCGGAUGCUAAAAGCUGUCGUCUCUAUUUAUGAUAAUGUUAAGUCAUGUAUUAAGCUAAAUGGUUAUGUGUCUGAAUGGUUUGACGUUAAAAUAGGUCUCCGUCAAGGUUGUAUUUUAUCGCCUGUGCUGUUUAACUGUUUUAUAAAUGACCUAGCUGUACAAAUUAAUGCUUCAGGUCGUGGAAUUGACAUUGGAGAAAAUUAA